AUGCACUCGUGUCUGGUGCGAGCACAGUUGGGCCGAAACCCAGAGGUGGGCGAUGCGCCGGCAACCGCGCUCUGCUCGCUAGGGUGCGGAAGAGCCCCGCGCCCAGAGCCGGACUGUCUGGUGGGUGAGGGCGAGCCACAAGAGAUCUCGGGAGCGUUCUCCUCCCCGCGUGGAGCCGGCCAGUUGAAAAGCUUUUUGCCGCAAUGUUUGGGGCCAGUGGACCGGGCUCUCGCAAAGGAAGUAGCCUAUCACCGGCUCUUCAUUCUGGAAAGAACAUCCAGGGCGGGAGAGGAAAGUCUGGCUAGGGAAAAGGUGGCCCCUCGUCAGCAAGGCUGGGCGGGGAGGAUCCGCGUGGCGGGUUUCGGAGGCUGGCCGGGUUUGCCCGCGACCUUCAGGCAGAGUGGCGUGGCCGCAGCUCUCCCGGCUCUCCUCCUCCCGGGGCUGAUUGCAUCAGAGUUCCCCCCCACCCACACUCUGCCGGCCAACCUCACACUUACAUCCACACGCCCGGCGCGGAGGGGCUCCAGCCUGACUCAUUGGCUACCACGGGGCGCGUCGCCCUUUUUGCUUCUGCAGUUUGGGGACAGGAGCGCGGCCUUUCAGACCAUCAUCCCUCCCUGCCCGUGCGCCCACGGAGCUGAGCUGCUUGCGGCGGAACGAUGUGGGUCACAUGCCGCUGGUCGCUGCACCUUCGUGUUUCUCUCCCAGGCUGUAGGACAGCGCGGCGACCCCGGUUGGCGGAGACCGAGCAUCCAGGAAGCGCUGUGCGAGCGGAUGUAUGAGCAGCGUACAGAUGCUGCCGGAGCAAGGAGGCUGCGCGCCGCCCAGCACCUGCCCGCGCCCUCCCGGGGGCUCAGCUGGGGCCACAGCUGCCGCACCGCACCCUCGGGGUUGGAGGUGGAGCGGAUCCCUCGCCCAGGCGGUGGCAGGGGGGCUGUCUCUUGGGGCACUGACAAGCACAAUCGCUUCUCCUUAAAAUGGCGACAGGAAAUCCCACCUGCGAGCCAGCCAAUGAGACCACCACCACCACGGAGUCUGCAGGAUGGAAGCCUGAGCCCCUCUCACACGGAAGGAUCCUGUUACCGGUUUGCUCAGCGAUUCCCCAGUCUGACCAUUAAUAAAUUUUAACAAAGAAGAGGUUUUUAUUCAGACACGGGCUC